AUGAUAUCGAUAGGCUUUGCCUGCACUCCGAAAUCUUAGCAUCUGCAAUUCUUAUACCCCACUUAAGAUGAGAACUACAAAUUGGAUAUGAGUGAGUUAUUUGAUGGUGCAGAUUUAAUUUAUGUUUGUACGAUUGGGGAAGGUAAUACUUUUAGAGAUAGGGACGUAAGGAGAUGUAAUGUGUCAUAAGAUGGCAUCGAUAUGAAAAAUGCGCUUGAAGUAGAAAAAUAUACGAUUAAUCAUGAUAGACUUCUAAAAAACAUUAACAGUGUUUCAGGAUACUUCAAUUAUACUUCUGUUAUUGAGAAUUAUACAAAUUUAACCAUUUAUGAAGUAGAUUACGAUAACCACAUAAUUACAGAAUUAGUUAGCUCGAGAAUUAAAGUAAAUUUGGAUUGCAAGAGCUUUAGUUCUGCCUUUGCUUAAUCAAACAAUAUAAUAACUGAUUGCUAUUACAAUACUGAUUUUUAAUUAAUUUUAUUUAGUCAAGGCUAACAAAUAGUUAUUUAUGAAUUAUUUUAAAGCGGGUUUGAUAUUAAUUUGAUUGAAUAUACCGAUUUAGUUUACAGCAACAAUUACAUCAUCUAUGGGAUAUACCUAAGCAAUAGUGAUUCUUAUUUACAUACAUACUAUUACAAUGAAACAGCCCAAUAAGCUAAAUUUAUAACCAGGUUUAACAGAAACACUUUUACAGAUUUUUCAUUGAUGGCUGAUGGCAAGUCUGUAGCUAUUUUAAAUCUUACAAACUGCAUUUACAUUUCAUUGAUAGAUGACUUAAAUCAGAUUACCGCAUUACAACCCUUCAAUAAAAUCUCGAACAACUAAUAAUUUUUAGCCAUCUAGGCAUUCCCCUCAUAGUUUUAUGGCUAAUUAACGACUUCCUUUUAUGUUGUCACUGACAAUUACUUUGAUAAUAUCAUUGAAUUUCAUUAUGAUGGAUAAAACCUCUCCGUAGUACAAAUUUAUGAGUCCUAUUAAUAAUACACAUUUAAUCAUGCACAAAGAAUUUUAAUCUAUUUGAGUACAAGCUUUUUGGUCAUCUUUCAAAAUGAUAUUCAAAGUUAUUUCUAUAUUGGAAAAUAUUCCAAUUCUCAUGAAGAGCAAACGGUCGCCCCAAUAUAUCAAAAUAAAGAUUUUGAAGAUUAUGUCUAAUUUUAUCUAAAUUAUGAAGGUAACAAUUUUUUGAAAUUUUCUCGAAAGAUCACUUGGUAUCAUUUAUAACAACCCAAAUUAGUCAUAAAUAUCAACGACUAGAAUCAAAGUGGUGUAAUCCACAUUUUUGCUUAUGAAAAUCCAGAAUUGCAUUAUGAGUUUGAUAUUUUUGGAUGCAAUCUUACUCUUACCUAUUAAUUGUUAAAUUAAAGCAAUCAAGACAUCUAUAGUACUACAAAUAUAAGUAAACUCUCAACCGUCUAAGAUCUUUCAGAGACCUUCCGUUUGAAUGAUCAUUUCACAGGCCCUUUAUUGCAAUUAAGCCUAAUAGAUGACUCAUAGAAUGAUUCAAACAUUAGUAUUUCUAUUCCUCAGAGUACAGCCUUUUAAAAUUUGAAAACUAACCUUCCAGGAUUGUUUUAAAAUUAUUCUCAAUUGUUUUUUGUUGAAAAUUAUAAAAUGUUAUUUUAUGCGUGGACAGAAAUGAAUAAUUCUACUAAUCUCUACUACACUAUCUGUCGAAUAGGCAAAAACUAAAUUUUGAAUUGUUUACUUAAUAAAAGUAUAAAUUGUGAUGUCUCUCAAUUGACUACUAUAUAAAUGACUCAAUCUAACCCUACAGAGCUAAUCUUAGCAUUUGAUUAAGGACCUUAAAUUAUAUAGGUUUAUUCCUUCUAAUUCAGCAUUAAUCUAUCAAAUUAUUCACAGGGGGUCAAUAUUUCUGAACCAUCACUAUAUUUAUACAACAUAGGUUACUAGUAAUCAAUAAAUUAAUUUUAAAUUCUGUAUAACAAAUUGAUAGUACUCAACAACUAGUUUGAGAUCAUUGUUGUUAGUUAUCAAACUAAUGCAAAAUAUUACAUAAAUCAAACUACAAUUGAUCAAGCCGAAGGAUAGAAUUACGAUAUUGUAUUCCAACCUAUUUAAAUUUCAAUAAAUUAAUAAUUGUAUUAAUCUACCUUGUUUAUUAACAAUCAAAAUGGUGUCAUCACUUUGGAAUUAUAUAACUAACCUAUCUAGAACACUAUUUGUUUUACUAUUUUAUCUUAUCUUAAGUCAAAUUAGGAUAUUUCUUAAAUUUUUGUCAGCCAGAUGUUUAUGGUUCUUGCAAGCAGCACAAACUCACCUCCUUAUACAGUAUCGUUUUCCGUAUAUGAUAUAUCCGAUAUAUCUCACCCCAAAUUUUCUAAACCAUUACCAAAUUGUACGAUUCAACCUGGUACGUAAAUUCUAGCAGACAAUUACUUUUUCUAUGUAAGAUAAUUGAAUGGUGGUGUAACCAUUUACAGUAUAGAUUUGCCCUAUCACAGUUCAUAAUACUUUUACUUACCGUUGAGUUAAAACGAGAGCAUCAGCAGUACUAAUACAAAGUAAUAAUCAAUUCUGUCGUAUAAAAACAACUUAUGGGCUAGUUUCUAAAACAAUCCCUAUAGCUUUAAAGUAUAUUAGGUUACAUAAGAAUAUAAGAUGCACACCCUUGCUAAUCUUUCCGUUAGCAUUUCAAAUCCAUGGGGGAACAAAAGCAUGAACUACGAUUUAAUUGUAGUGAAUACAUACCUAUAAAUCUCUAUGAAUUAUUCCUAAUUUAAGAACAAUUCAAAUAUUAGAAAUCUUACGUUUUAUGCUAAAGCCAACAGUAACAACCAAGUUCUGAUACCUCUAAAUAUGACAAAUGUUUCAAUGGGUCAAGUAUUGGUAUAUCAUCUACUCGCUUAUGAUAAACAGGUUCUCCAAUUUAACAAGUCUUUCAAUAUAACGAAUCAAUUUAUAAACGAAAGUUAAUACUUCACAUAGGAGAUUGUGAACAUUACACAAAUGGUCAGCUUCUGUACUUCUUUAUUCUAUUAGAAUACUUCAGGACUCUAUCAAAGUAGUUAUGUAAUCUUUGAUGGAUUACAACUAAUGAACUACAAUUUCACCGAAUGUCUUUCUUUGAGUGUAACUAUUAAUGGACCUACCAUUUAUAUGAAUUCGAUUUGUAAAUCUGGCGAUGUUGUUACUGUAUAUUCAUUAUUUCCUAAUUGCGCUUUUAAUAAUUCCACCACAUGCAAUUCAUCUCAGCCUUGGAAUUACUAAAAGAAUACAAGCAUUAUUUACUCACCUCCUUUUACCUCAAUAUUAAAGAGUUCGCAACUAAAUCAGUAUCUGUUCAUCUUAGGGAAAAUUGGCUAAAACCCUAAUUCAUAAAAGAUUUUUAUCUACAAUCUUAAUUAAAAUGCAUCUUCAAAUUCAACUCCCAAUUCAAUUUAAUAUAAACCAUCAAGAACAAUCUAAUGCAGAGGAGGCAUAAUCGAUUAUAAUUUUACUGUCUUGUAGAACAAGUCCCUUAUCAAUAAUACGUAUAGUGGAAGAGGAGUCAUCUUUUAUUUGUGUCAAAAUCCCAGUGAACUAAAAUAUGUGAGUUUCAAUAUCACCAAUACAACCUUACUCUUUUUUUCAAAAGUUUCAAAUCGAGUCUCAGAUGUAAUAACUUAAUAUGUCAACAAAUCUAAUUCUUAGUUCUUGUAAAUCUUUAUUUACCUUGUCAAAUAUGAUUAGAUCAUCCUUGUUCUCACUUCAAAUAACGUCUACAACUUAGUUAUUAUUAUGAGUUAUAGUCCUCUAAGUUUCGCUGAAACUUCACUUCAAUUUGAAGAUGUCAUCGCCUACAUUCCCCCUUAUGGUAACUACACCCAAAUUCCCCUGGGAGUCCUACAAAAUUCAUAUUUGGCAUUGCUAUUUAGUCCGCCCAUAGAGCAAGGAGGUAGGAAUAUUAUUGCAAUGUAUAAUAUGGAGAAGAUCAACUAAACAUACAAUCUAGCCAACGAAUUAAGCUACAAUGGCACCAUUUAAAUGGAUGCAGGUUAUCAAGUUGAUCAAAAGCGAAACAUUCUUCAAAUUGCCUUAAUCUCUCAACCUUACAAUAAGGGUUAAUUUUUGCUAAUGCUAACAAAUGAUGGCGAGAACCUAAAUAAAACAAAUGUCACCUUAUUAGUGUUCAACUUAUCCAUAUAUUUUAAUUGCACUAAUGUAGGUGAUUUAUCUCCAAGCUAUGAAUAUUACUUAGUGGCUUCAAAUUCGUUUUACAGUUAUAACAUGACAAUAUCUAUUACAGCCUUACAGCUAAGUAGUUCCAUUUGGGCAUGGAUUUUAUUGUUUCUAACAAUUUUAAUAUGUGGAUUCUUAGUAAGCUAAUUUUGGACUAAAAUCAAGAUGCAAAAUUUAGAAAAUAAAUCAGCUGAACUCUUGGAAAUAGAAAUGUGA